GAAAACGGGUAGAGAGAAAAGAGGAGGAGGAGCCCCAAUCCGGGACGCCAUUGACGCCCUCCCAGGAAGGUCAGAGUAGAGGGAGGCGAGGAACACAUGACCUCCUCCUCUCCUCUCUUCGUGGAAGAGUAGUAGUGGUAGUUGGUGUUGCGUAGAAGAGAGCACGGAAGCGAUACGCGGCGGGGAAGAGAGCAGAGCAGCCGGGUGGCCCGUUCUUGCCGCCGCGGCGCCGUCGUCGCUGCCUUUCUCGCCUCGGGAGAUCGCGGAUUAGAGGAGGAGUUGGGGGAAGAGGAGGGUUUGGGGGCAAUGGAUACUACCACGAGGGCCAAGAUCCCGUCCCUUCACCACCAGACGGAGAUCAACUGGGACAACCUCGACAAGACCAAGCUCUAUGUGGUGGGAGCCGGGAUGUUCAGUGGCGUGACCGUGGCGCUGUACCCGGUAUCGGUGAUAAAGACCCGGAUGCAGGUAGCCACUGGGGAAGCCGUGAGGAGGAAUGCCGCGGCAACAUUCAGGAACAUUCUCAAGGUGGACGGAGUGCCCGGGCUGUACCGAGGGUUUGGGACAGUUAUCACAGGGGCCAUCCCUGCUAGGAUUAUCUUUCUUACAGCGCUUGAGACAACAAAGGCGGCCUCGCUUAAGCUUGUUGAACCAUUUAAGCUGUCGGAGCCGGUACAAGCAGCCUUUGCCAAUGGCCUUGGCGGUUUGUCGGCAUCUCUAUGUUCGCAGGCUGUGUUUGUGCCCAUUGAUGUGGUUAGCCAGAAAUUGAUGGUUCAAGGAUAUUCUGGUCAUGUUAGAUAUAAGGGUGGACUUGAUGUUGCCCAACAGAUUAUAAAGGCUGAUGGAAUUCGGGGGCUGUACAGAGGAUUUGGCCUGUCUGUUAUGACGUACUCACCAUCUAGUGCUGUGUGGUGGGCAAGCUAUGGGUCCAGCCAGCGCAUAAUUUGGAGUGCUUUUGAUCGUUGGAAUGAUAAAGAAAGUUCUCCUAGUCAGUUGACAAUAGUUGGUGUCCAAGCCACAGGGGGGAUUAUUGCUGGUGCAGUGACAUCCUGUGUUACAACUCCCAUAGAUACUAUCAAAACCAGACUGCAGGUUAAUCAAAACAAACCAAAAGCCAUGGAAGUAGUUAGAAGAUUGAUUGCUGAAGAUGGAUGGAAAGGUUUCUACAGAGGUUUAGGUCCAAGAUUUUUCAGCUCAUCAGCUUGGGGUACCUCAAUGAUAGUAUGCUAUGAAUACCUAAAGCGCUUGUGUGCUAAAGUUGAAGAGGUCUGAGUCAGCUUAAACCUAUCACUCUGAUGCUCGCAGUGGUGGAAAUUUUGUAGCAAAAAUCCAAUAAUGCUGUAUGCCAACAACUGUGACCCAUGAGGAAGCUCUCUUUCUUGCUGACUUGAUACUAGAUAUCUUUAAAAUUUUAGUGCUCUUGAGGCUAUUUUGAAAAUGCAGAGGUUCAUAUUGUUUGCCUCUAACGAUGAAUAUGGAUUAGGCAGAAUGUUUUACAUGAUAUAUAAACGAAAGAUUAGAUAUGUUCACUUUUCAUUCUUUUUAGCUCCAGCCUCCAGGGCUUGUAAUAGUGAGACCGGAGUAUUGGAACCGGUUUCAGUGAGGAGGAGCAAGGAUAUAUAUACAUUUGCUCGUUUCUCUUCGAUGUACUCAAAAUAUCAUUCUUCGAAUUUUUUUACGAUGGUGCUGGUCUUCGUUUUGUAUCAAUAAUCAUUCGUAGCGAAA